AAGUACAAGGAUCUCGAAAUAGAAAUUAAGAAAACAUUGAAACUAAAAUCAACAACUGUCCCAGUGGUCAUUGGUGCUCUCAGGCUUGUAGCCUACGUGGCAGGCGUUAAAAGGGGAAGGGGAAGGGGAAGGGGGAAUUUGGGCGCGCGAGGGAGAAAGGAAAGGAACGCCUGCAAGGACGCCAUUGUUUCCUCCGUUUUUCACGCUCAGAUUCUGAGCGUGAAAAUAGUGAUUGGUCAGAAUUAAUUAAAUGUCAAUCUUCGACUUAAUACCUUUUUCCGAUUGGUUGAAAUCAACAUCACGCCAUUUGAGUAACUAAACAUAUGUCGCUAGUGGACGUGAUGAGAUUUCUCUACGGGAAUACCCCUCCUCGCUCCUCCCUCGCGCGUGGUCUCGCGCCCUAAUUCCCUUCCCCUUCCCUUUCGAACGCCUGCCACGCAGGCUAUCAAGAUUGUCAAGAACGGGACUGAAAACUACGUUACCAAGAUCCCAGGAAAGAGAGCUUCAGAAGAUUGUCCUCCUUGGGACUGCUCACAUACUCAGGAGGUCACU